GCUAGACAACGGUAUGGACCUGGUCCUUACCAGGCAUGGCAAAUAGCUGACUCUACAUAGGUUAUCGCUCUGAGGAGAUUUCUUCUAUUGGCGCGUCGUCGUUUGGUCGUGGCCAUGUAACUAUUAUGUCUAGACAAGCUACAGUCCCAUUAUCGGGUCUGCUGCUGAAUCCCUCCCCUUGACGGAUCUCAUGGUCGUGACGUCACCAACAUCCUUUUGCCGUUACCCAGAUUUCCGGGUUCAGUUCCGGGUAGUCCCAGUGAAGAGAUGAGGGGGAGCUCCGGCACUGGACAAUGUGUAACAAAGACUCAUAGUCUCCUUUAAAAGGCAGUGACCAACUCAAUGCCCGAUCCAAUGAGUAAAGACAAGUCCACAACCAAGAUGACCGACAGUAUAUUUAACCUUACCCUAGAGAUUGUCUACCUACUGCUUGGAAAGGAUUACAUGGUAGUGAAGAAAACAUCAGAAAAAUGUGUGGCCCCCAGAAGCUGCCUCUGUGUAUCAGGUGGAUGCAGCAGAAGCCCCACCAUGGAGCCUCCACCUGUCUCACUGAUACGUAAGAAAAACAAUGAGCAGAAGAUCAUAGAACUCGCCAACAAGAUCAUUGAGCUGCUGACGGGAGAGGUUCCUAUAAGGUGUCAGGAUGUCUCUGUCCAUUUCUCCAUGGAAGAGUGGGAGUAUUUAGAAGAACGCGAGGAUCUCUACAAGAACAUCAUGAUGGAGGACCACCACCCUCUCACAUCGCCAGAUGAAUCUUGUAAGAAAAAUUCACCAGAGAGAUAUCCCAGUCCUAUGUGUGUCCAGGGUUUUCCAGAGGAAAAGCAUAAUGCUCUAGUCGAUAAACAGGGAAAAGGCUUGCUUGAUAAAGAUGAGGCCUCUGUUAUCACUGAUCUCCAUCGUACGGAAAAGGAAAUUCCUGAAGAUAUCAGCCCAGGUUCCCAUACUACAGGGCCCUCCCAGCGGAAGUCUUGUCUUCUCCACAAGAGAAUAGUCCUUUUCCUGAACGAUCCCCUGAGGACAGACAGGCACGGGAACAUGCUGUCUGAAAGCAUAUUAAACCUCACCUUGGAGAUCAUCUACCUCCUUACUGGUGAGGAUUACACUGUAGAGAGAAGGACAUUAGGCAAGUGUAUGACUCCUAGCGGUCGCCCUCGAGUGUUAGGAGCCUGGAGCAGGACCCAGAACUCAAUCCCCGACCCUCCAGCUCACUCAUUGAUACCUGAGAGGACCAGUGAGCAGAAGAUCCAAGAUAUCACCAACAAGAUCAUUGAGCUGCUGACUGGAGAGGUUCCUAUAAGGUGUCAUGAUGUCACUGUCCAUUUCUCCAUGGAGGAGUGGGAGUAUUUAGAAGGACACAAGGAUCUGUACAAGGACGUCAUGAUGGAGGACCAACAGUCUCUCGCAUCACAGGAUGAAUCCAGUAAGGUAAAUCCAGCAGAGAAAUGUUCUAGUCCUCUCAGUUCGCAGCCGUGGCCAGAAGAAAAUUGUAAUGUCUCGCCAGAUCAAGCAGAUGGAUCUGAGAGUGAAGAUCUUGAUAUGAAAGUUGAAAGUGUAGAUGAGGAAGAAGAGGAGACGUAUAUCAUGGCUGACCAACCGUAUGUCUCCAGUAAGGGAAAUUCAACAGAAGGAUGUAAGACUCCUCCGUAUAGCCUGGAUAGUCCAGACGAAAAUCACAUUGUCUCACCAGAUCAUCAGGUAGAAGAUCUCAUUGAUAUUAAAGUUGAAGUUGUAGAUGAAGAUGAGAUGUGUGUAAUGAACAGGCAUCAAUGUAAAGAGGAAGAAAUUCCUGUAGAUAUUGGUCAAGGUUGCCAUAGCUUGGAUGGACAAAAUCUUUUACCUCCAUGUUCUGAAGCAGAAGAUAACUUCAACCAAAAUUUUUCAUAUGAAGACCCAUUAAUGCCGAAUAUACUUCCAGACCCAUUCUCAGAUCCCUUGUAUCCUGUGGAACGCCCUGGGAAAUCGCAUGUUUUUACACAAAACAUAGGUCACAGAGUGUAUAAAAUAUUUCCAUGUUCUGAAUGCGGGAGACAUUUUGGAAAGAAGGCAAAUCUUCUCAGACAUAAGAGAAGUCACACAAGGCCGUUUUUCUGUGGCGAUUGUGGUAAAUCUUUUACAUUCAAAUUCCGUCUCAUAGAACAUCAGAGAUUUCACACUGGGGAGAAACCUUAUUCUUGUCCUGAAUGUGGGAAGCGAUUUAUGCAUAGAGAAAAUCUUUUUAAACAUCAGAAAAUUCACAAUGAAGAGAGACCAUUUUCCUGUGUUGAGUGCAGCAAAUCAUUUUCUCAGAAAUCCUAUCUUAUAGAACAUCUGAAGUUUCACAUGGGGGAGAAGCCAUACUCCUGUUCUGAAUGUGGGAAACCUUUUAGCAAGAAGUCUGUUCUAGUUAAACAUAUGAGAAUUCACACUGAGCAGAAGCCGUUGCUGUGUUUAGAGUGUGGGAAAUGUUUUACCAAAAAUUCUAUGUUACUUAAACAUCAGAGAUCUCACACAGGACGCAGUUCAUAUAUAUGUUCUGAAUGUGGCAAGUGUUUUAAGAAGAAGUCUGUUCUUGUUGACCACCAGAGAACUCACACAGGGGAGAGGCCAUUUCCAUGUAUGGAAUGUGGGAAAAGUUUUACUAAGAAAUCGGUUCUUGUUGCACAUCAGAGAAUCCACACUGGGGAGAAGCCGUAUUCAUGUGCAGAAUGUGAAAAAAGUUUUACCCAGAAGUCAGGCCUUAUUGCACAUCAGAAAGUUCAUGAAGGAAAGAGAAAAAGGUUUUCAUGUCUAGAAUGUGGGGAAUGUAAAUGUAUUUGUGCAGAUUAUAUUAGCAUACAACAGAAAGAUGAUAAAGAAGAGAAACCAUUUUUAUGUCUACAGUGCGGGAAAUGCUUUACCCAGAAAGCAGGCCUUCUAAAACAUCAGAGAAUUCACACAGGGGACAGGCCCUUUUCAUGUCUCGAAUGCGGGAAAUGUUUUACACUCAAAGAUCGUCUUGAGAGACAUCAGAGAAGUCACUCUGGUGAGAGGCCGUUUUCUUGCUCAGUAUGUGGAAAAAGUUUUACUCAUAAAUCAAGUCUAGUUGACCAUCAGAGAACUCACACAGGAGAGAGGCCUUUUCCGUGUUUGGAAUGUGGGAAAUGUUUUAUCCAGAAGUCAGAUCUUGUAAGACAUCAGAGGAUUCAUUUGGGGGAGAAACCAUAUGCCUGUCCAGAAUGUGGAAAGAGUUUUAUCCAUCGAUCAGAUCUUGUUGUACACCAGAGAAUUCACACAGGAGAGAAGCUGUAUUCUUGCUCGGAAUGUGGGAGAGGCUUUACACGUAAAAGUCAGUUUGAGAUUCAUCAGAGAAGUCACACAGGAGAGCGGCCUUUUAUCUGUCCGGAGUGUGGCAAAUGUUUUAACCAGAAAUCAAAUCUUGUUAGACACCAAGGAACUCACUACAUUUCAAAAGCCACCAAAAUGUCACUUCUGGAUGGAAUUACCAUUGAUGCCCCACACUCCCAAAUUAUAGUUACCUGAAGUCCACAGUGGCUUGCUUGUAUCCAUGAGUGAAAGCAAACUACAAGAUCAAAUCUCAUGGUACACAGUUCAAGACAUUCUGUCAUGUUGGGUAUACCCAACCAACACUAUAAUUUUGUUGAUGGGAAUUGAUUCUUUCCCUGCCUCCUUCAAGACUGAUGCAAAAAGAAAGGAACAAACUACUUUUUGGAAGCUACCAAAAUUUUACUUCUGGUCAGAAUUGCCAUCAAUGUCCUAGUCUCCCAAAUUAUAGGUAAGUGAAGUCUAUGGAGACAUGGAGUCUGAGGAGAUCUUUGGACCCAGCUAAUCCUAUAAUUUUUUGAUGGGAAUUGGUUCUCUCCCUGCUCUCUCAAGGUUGCUGUAAAAAGAAAGUACCUCACUACCUUUUGAAAGCCACCAAUAUGUUACUUCUGGUCAAAAUUGCCAUCAAUGUCCUAGUAUUCUAAAUUAUAGUUACCUGAAGUCCACUGUUACAUGGAGUUUGGGGAGACACUUGGAUCCAGCAAACCCUAUAACUUUCUUUGGGGGGGUGGGGACUAAUUCUCUUCCUGCCUUCUCAAGGUUGCUGUGAAAAUAAAGGUGUCAGAAUUUCAUCUUGCUGUUUUUCCAACCUUUGGUCUACACUACAGACUUUUUAAAUUAUAUUUUUAAACACUAAAAUAAAUAUGCAGAACGGUGAAGAUUUCCAUUAAAUGGAUGGUAGCCUGAAUAUAGAUGCACCUACAUGUGUUAAGCUGAAACAUGGCAUUUGUUUACAAAAUGGGUUUUUAAGUUAUGGAAUGUAUUCCUCUAUACCAGUGGUGGCGAACCUAUGGUACGGGUGCCACUCAGAGCCCUCUCUGUGGGCAC